GCCCUAAACGCAAAGCAGAACCGUUGCCGCGUUCACUCUUCAGCUGCCCAUCUUCUCCUCUCCGUGUUCUAGGGUUUAGGGUUUAAGCACUGCACUUGUACGCAGCUCAGUCUUAUUCUCUCCUAGCAAAACCUAACUUCAGCAUGAGCUCGUCAAAUAUCAGAGACCUCUUGACGGCUUUUAGUCCGUCUUUGGACUUGUUCGCCAUCAGCUCUGGAGAUGGUCGAAUUAAGAUUUGGGACACUGUGAAAGGUCAAGUCCAGACAGAGUUCACAGACAUUGUAUCAUCAGAAGAUACAAGCAUAUAUGCAAAACGAGAAAGAGGGCACCUCUCAGUUGAUUACACAUGCAUGAAGUGGUUCUCUUCCGAAAGAAAGAAGAAAAGGAAGCUUGGUUGUUCAUUGUUGGUUUUGGGAACUGGCGGUGGUGAUGUUUUGGCACUUGAUGUGUCUGCUGGUCAAUUGAAAUGGAGACUGAACGACUGCCAUGCUGGUGGCGUUAGCUCCAUAUCAUUUCCAAGAAAUGCUUCGUGUAUUUACACUGCCGGUGCUGAUGGGAUGAUUUGUGAAAUUGAUGCUUUGACAGGAAACCUGUUGGGGAAGUUCAAAGCUUCCACAAAGGCAAUCUCUUCUAUGUCUGUUUCGUUCGAUGGGAAGAUAUUAGCAACUGCGGCUGCACAAAUGAAGAUUUUCAGUUUGUCUGAUCACAAGAAGAUACAGAAGUUUUCUGGCCAUCCGGGAGCUGUUCGCUGUAUGAUCUUCAGUGAAGAUGGGAAGUACAUCCUCUCAUCUGCAGUUGGUGAAAGGUAUAUUGCAGUAUGGAAUAUAGGUGGUGGAAAAAAGCAGUCAGCAAGUGCUGUGCUUGCAAUGGAGCACCCUGCUGUCUUUGUAGAUAGCAGGUUUAUAGACAAUGGUGAAGUUGGUGAUAUGGGCCUAUAUGUAUUAGCGAUUUCAGAAGUCGGUGUUUGUUAUUUUUGGUUUGGAAAGAAUAUUGAAGAAUUGCGGAAUGCCAAGCCUACAAGAAUUUCAGUAUCAUCUGAAGUCAUUUUGACCAAAACUCAGAAGGGUGCAGUAACUACAAUAUUUGCUGCGGUUUUGCAAGGAAUUGUAAAAGCUGCUUCUGGGCAGAUAUUUGUUGCUUAUGGAUUACCAGUGAAGCCAUUAUUCCAGAAAAUUUUGGUGCAUUCUGGCACAGACAUAAAGUUGAGUAGCUCCCAUGAUGGAAUUCUUCUACCAAUGAGUCAGUCUCUUGUCAAAUCUAAGAAAGGACAAAAUGUACAAAAUAGAGUUAUUGCAUUGGAUCGUGCAAAUGCAGAAGAUGCCUUGCUUCCAAUUCCAAAGAUUUUUGAUUCACACGAGAAAAAGAAAAGACAUGAAAAAUUAAGUUUUGGCAAAGAUGAAGUAAUGGCUGAUUUGGAUGACAGCGGGAGUCAUGCUGGCCUUAUGAAGAGCAAAGAUGACAUGGUAGAAUUUGAAGCUGACACUGCAGCAAUUUGCAUGGAGGACCGACUGAGAUCAUUAGGGAUACUUAGCAAAGCAGAUGACCUUAUAAUUAACUCUACACUCAACUCUGCAACAUUCAAGAGUAUUGAUCUUCACACUAAUAUGCCACAGAAGAAGAUGAGGGCAGCUGUUUUGUCAUUAGAACCUAGUGACGCGUGCAAGUUAUUGGGAGUCUUGGUGGCCAUGUGGCAGACAAGGUCUAGCAGUGGGAAUUAUGUUCUUCCAUGGAUAUAUAGCAUAUUGGUAAAUCACAGUCAUCAUAUCAUGUCACAAGAACCCGAAACUCAGAUGCUUAGCUCCUUGCUCAAGGUUACCAAAUCCAGAGGGGCAGCUAUUCAGCCUUUAUUACAAUUAUCGGGUCGUUUGCAACUUGUGAUGGCACAGAUUGACAAGGCAACCCACACCAAAACUCAAGUCUUAUCGCACGAGAACCAAAUGGAUGAAAGCGAAGAUGAGGAUGAAGAUGUAAAUGAAAUCCACUAUGGUGAGGAAGAUGAUGAUUCUGAAAUAAGCAGUGAUGAUGAUCAGUAGUUGGAUUUCCUGAUGGGAGUUGAAUUAGGAUAAAGAGGCUCGAUGUGGUGCAGUCUGUUGAACAUCUUGUGCCAGCUUAUUGACUGUAAAGCUGGCAACUUUUUGUGCUCGGUGUCUCAUUCCCAAGCUUAACUCCAACAGUUUUGUUUCCCUCCGGUUUACCCCUCUAUCAUGAUGAAGAAAUUCAGAUUUGCCCCAAGAUAUCAAUUAUAAUUUUCUUUUUCUUCCUACAUUUUCUCUGUAAUAGCACAAGCACAGGUGUAUCAGUGUAAAUUUUGCUGCGACUUGCAAAGCACAAGCGAUUUUGUAUAAAUUUUGUUUCCGCAGACCCUUUAUCUUGCUCAUAAUCAUAUAUCGUCUGUGCAAU